GUGGCCUCUUACGGCACGUGCCGACAGUAGGAUGAAAUGUAUGCCGCGGCUCCACAUAACCUCAAGGCGCGGUAUUAUGCAUAAUAGAGCCAAGUCGGGCGGCACGCGAGCGUUUUGAGAUCGCGUCAGGAUCGCGCGCACGUCGUCGCCUGAUCUCUCGCCUAAUUGAAAAAAUAAGGAACAAAACCAAGAAAACAAAUGGCGAUCGCAAAGAUCUUGCUGCGAUUGGACGUCGCCAGAUUCACCGGAGUCAGACAUUUAAGCACAAAGCCGAAAUUCGGACUACUUUUCGACAUCGACGGGGUGUUAGUGCGCGGCAAGCAGGUAUUAUCGCCAGUGAGAGAGUCCUUUAAACGGCUUCGAGGAGACAACGGCAAGUUCCGCGUGCCUACUCUGUUCGUCACCAACAGCGGGAAUUCCCUCUGCAGUCAGAAAGCAGCCGAUCUGUCGGAAUGGAUCGGCUUCGAGGUCGCAGAGUCGCAGGUCGUAUUGGCGCACACACCGUUACAGAUGUUCGACUAUCUGCACGACAAGCAGGUGCUGAUAUCAGGCCAAGGUCCGAUUACGGAAAUCGCCAGAGAACUGGGCUUCAAGAAGACCACUACCGUGGAUGAAUUGGUGAGGAACUUCCCCUGCUUGGACUAUGUGAAUGUGAAGAAACGGAAUCCGAUCUGCGGGCCGAUCGACCCGAAUUUCCCAAGAAUCGAGGGAAUAGUGCUGCUGAGCGAACCGAUCAAUUGGGAGACGCCGUUGCAGCUGAUAGUGGAUCUCCUAGUUACCAAUGGAAUGCCCACGGGCCUGCCUUCAUCUAUUCCUUAUCCGCACAUUCCAGUGUUGGCGUGCAACAUGGAUCUGCUAUGGGUAUCAGAGGCGCCGAUUCCUAGAUACGGCCACGGCGCGUUCCUCUUGUGUCUCGAGAGCCUAUACCGCAAAGUCACGGGCAAGGACAUAACGUACUCCGCUCUAGUCGGCAAACCUAGUGAGAUUACAUAUUACCACGCGAAUCGCAUGCUCGUCAAUCACGCCCGAAGCAUCGGCAUCGAGAACGUCGACACGAUUUAUGCGAUCGGCGACAACAUCAACACAGACGUGUUCGGCGCGAACUUGUACGACAAGUACUUGUCUCGCUACGAGUCCGGAGAAGGCACCAAGUCGCGCAGCCUCGAGAAGUUACUGGGGAAGAACAUGAAGUCCCCCAGCGCAAAGGCCUGCAUCAGCAUCUUGGUCGAGACCGGCGUGCAUCAGCGAGAUUCCAAAUUCAUACCCGAUCACAGCCCCAGGGAUUUCUUGCCGGUCGAAGAUGGCUUGUGUAAGCCAGCGUUCAUCGUCAAGGACGUCGGGCAGGCGAUCGAGCUCACGUUCAAAGAGGAGAAGUACGAGUGAAUUCAAACGUGUAGUAAGAUACCUCUAGCCUUGGAGUCUUCACAUCCUUACGUCGCUGCAAAGACAGAGAGAAAGAGAACAAGAGCAAAAGUGUGAAAGAGAGAACAAGUGAAGUGACGUGAGUAUUAUUAUAACGAAUAAUCCCUUAGAGCGCUAGCCAUCGCCACAAACGACGUUCCAAAGCGGAGUAACGGGGGAAUAGUAGCAGGAGAAAGAGAGGCUAUAACGCGUUUGCGAGAAAGCAUAAUAUUUACUUUGCUUCUCUUACUGUGUCUUUUCGACUCCUAUGAUUAGUUGAUUACUUGAAGCGUAAACAAAUCGUACGCGUCUUUAGGUGUGACCGACGAUCGGCAACAAUUAGGACUCAGUACAUCGUGAGAAGAAGAAAGAACCAGAAGAAGCGUAACGAAACCUCUCAGAGAGUCGAAGAACACCACGAACUUGCAAGGAUUGCGCAUUCGCAAGAUUCAUGUUAAUUUAUAUCGAUAUAUAAGUAGAGCGAUUAAAAAAGGGGAAAAAAAUAUCGUCAUGUUACUGUACAUAUGUGUUGAGGAUAAGAAAGCGAGAGAGAGAGAGAGAGAGAGAGAGAGAGAGAGAGAGAAGGCAAGAGUAAAAAGACGAUAAAUAUAAAUAUACAUGUAGAUGCGGAUUUUUAUCAUAAACAUCAACACGGGCAAACUACCGAGACUCCGUUCGAACGGCGCUUCGACACUAUUUUGUAGUGAUUUAAUGAAGCCAAUUUUAUUCAGUGACACGGCGCGACCGCGUAUCGUCGAUCGUCUUUCUAAUGAACCGAGAGCAAAUAAUUCGGCCGCGGCCGAAACGAUCCACGAAGCCAUGUUUUCUACACAAAAAGUAGCGCGCCAUUCGAUGCGCUCUGUGUCGAAACGCGCCUCGCUUAGUCAAAAGAGCAAUGCAAGAAAUAUGUCUAGGUGAUAUGUAAAGUGUGUGCUCGUCUAGUGGAUAAUUAGGUAGAUGUAAAGCUGUCGACAACACGAUCGCUCUCCCGUGCGAAGACGCGAACGUGCGACGUCGAGAACGCAAUUCAUACCCGGUUAGAGACCCGGUGUGGAAGACCGCAAUGUGGAUUGUGCUCGCGCAGUAGUCAGGUCUAGUCUUGAAAUACAACUCGUUGAUCGAACACCCUGAAUACAAAGCAUCGGGAUCUCCGUUUCUCUCCUCUUUUUCCGGGUGUUGCUGCGUCGAGCCGCGCGAAUCGCGGCGAAAUUCGAGUCUCCGCGGGAUUUUCUGCAUCACGUCGGAUUCUCACAGUCCGUUUGGACGGCGACAAGUACAGCGUUCUGUGAAUCCUUUGUCGAAUUUAUUUUUUUUUUAGUUUUAUUUCUUUUCCUUUUAUUGGAAUAAUUGAGAUAUGACGAGCUGAUGAAUACUGUGUGUGAGUACGAAAGCGUCAAAGAAUACCAUGACAAAGGAUUGACGGAGCCUCGUCUGCCGCCGUCCAGGUGAGAAUCAGCCCUUACUCUUCGAUCCUCGAGAGGUCUUCGAAUGUAAGUAAGACGGACGCGUUCGAAUCUCUGUCCUCUUUCUCGUCGGAGGGAAACUUCGAAUGUGCAGCGCAGCCGCCAACUUGAGAAUCCCAAGAGCGCUUCUUGAUCUCGAAGUUCACGAGUUAUCACGAGGAGUUGAUUUAUUAUUGUUCACAUCUCGCGGUGUGCGACUGGCACUUUACAGCCAGCUUCUUCGACGUUCUCGCGAUCGAACGAAGAUAAGAAAGAGGGAAGUGAAGUUUACUUUUAAGGAAUCAUUGGCGCGCACGCUUGGACGCGAAAAUCGCGCGCUAACUCGCAGCAGCUGAAAGCGCACAUUAUACUUCGUUUUCUACUCGCCGCAACUACUCGACACGGCGAUUAACGUCGCAACACCGGCGACACACGUCGACGAAGUCGUCUGUCGGGGCGAAGACUGACCAUCCUAAGGUAGAACUUAGACGAGCGUCGUGGCUCUCAAGCCGGCUUAUGUCGUCCGCUCACGGCGAUCACAGCUGCAAUAAAAUAUCACAUGCCAAUAAAGCUCUGGCCGGCUCAGCCCGCCAAGCAGCAACACCUAGUAGAUAGUGAGAGACUGAUACACAUGCAGACACACAUACACACACACACCGAUGGCACUUGUUUCACCCACACAUAGACGUGUGUGGGAAACGUCGCGUUUUAGCGCGAGGACGAAGCUGAUAUCCUGCGUGUCGUCUUAACUUGUGUCAUACAUGUAGAACUCGUCUGAAAUGUAGAAGCAUCUGCGGACUUUUACGGAGCAAAUUAGAAUUUAUUUUAAUAAACCA